ACACACACUAAAUAAUUGCUUUAGAUUUUAGAUCGUCUUGGACGGGAUGAUCGGAUCGUGCAAUCGUUGACAACAUUUUCGUAAGUACAUCGAUGUUUUAAGUCAUAUUAACGUUUAGUUUGUGAUUACGCAAAGAGUUAGUACAUAAUAUGAACAUAUUGUAACAGCUGAGGGACAAAUAAUAUGUAUAAGAUAUUUAUACAAACCUUGCACACCUCAUUAUUUAAUUAAUACUAAUGUUAAAUCAAUAUUAAAAUCCCGGAGACAAAGAUAUAUUAGUUAGUAUGUAUGUACUAAUACCAAGAAUCUAUAGAAUAAGAUUUGGAUUUAAAUAUUGGAGGAUGUUUAUUAUACCAAUGUGUCAUUAAACAAUUUAAAUUUUUAUCUGAUUGAUUAUAUAUAAAUCAACACAAUUUAUAACGCUAUAAGAAUAUAUAUGAUAUAAAAGCACAACAUGGCAGGGAAUGGGUCUAUCAUAAUGCCAAACAUAAAACAAUUACAUGAGAAUGAUCAUGCAUCUACUACAAAUGUAGAUUACUCUAGCAUUAGAGGAAAGAAUGUUUUGGUUAGUCCAUCGGAGGAUCAAUAUGAAUUGUUACAUAAACGCUUAAGAGAGAGAGUUCAAGAUGGUGGCAGUGAAACAAUUUUUGAUAUUGGUAUCGGUGAAGACGGUUCAGAAGAUGGUUUAAAAGAAGAUGAAUAUGAAGCAUCUGUUGCUACUUUACAGUCUCUUGCUGCAACAUUAGAAGCAGACUGUGUACUUCUACGUCAAAGUAAAGUAGAUCAAGGUCUUAUAGGUCAAUAUCUGGUUCGGAGACGGUUAGAUAGGCAGGAUUUCCUAGAAAUCAGAGUGGCUGUUGUUGGCAAUGUUGAUGCUGGAAAAUCAACACUUUUGGGUGUAUUGACACAUGGAGAGCUCGAUAAUGGUCGAGGUUUAGCGCGUCAAAAAUUAUUUCGACAUAAACACGAAGCUGAAACAGGACGUACUAGUUCCGUUGGAAACGACAUUCUUGGAUUUGAUAGUGUUGGUAAUGUAGUAAAUAAACCGGAGCAUGGAUCCUUGGAUUGGGUCAAAAUAUGUGAGAAGUCUUCUAAAGUUAUUACAUUCAUUGAUCUUGCUGGACAUGAAAGAUAUUUAAAAACAACUGUUUUUGGAAUGACAGGACACGCCCCUGACUUUGGUAUGUUAAUGGUUGGAGCAAAUGCUGGUAUUGUUGGAAUGACAAAGGAACAUCUAGGUUUAGCAUUAGCUCUAUCAGUUCCAGUAUUUGUUGUUGUUACGAAAAUUGACAUGUGUCCACCAAAUAUAUUACAGGAAAAUUUAAGGCUGUUAAUAAGGAUCUUAAAGUCCCCGGGUUGUAGGAAAGUGCCCGUUACGGUAAAAACGCCUGAUGAUGUUGUCGUUAGCGCUACUAAUUUUGUAUCAGAACGAUUAUGUCCUAUUUUUCAAGUAUCGAACGUAACAGGAGAAAAUUUGAAUCUUCUUAAGAUGUUUCUAAAUUUAUUAACCGCAAGAAUGAUUAGUCAUGAGGAUGAACCAGCAGAAUUUCAAAUAGAUGAUACAUACUCAGUACCAGGAGUUGGUACCGUAGUUUCUGGCACAACAUUGAAAGGUGUCAUUAAGUUAAACGAUACUCUGUUGUUAGGACCUGAUCCUUUAGGUCGUUUUAUUCCAAUCGCAGUAAAAAGUAUACACAGGAAGAGAAUGCCUGUUCGUGAAGUGAGAGGUGGACAAACCGCUAGUUUUGCAUUGAAAAAAAUUAAAAGAUCACAAAUUAGAAAAGGUAUGGUGAUGGUCGCACCAGCAUUAAAUCCUCAGGCUUCUUGGGAAUUUGAGGGGGAGAUUCUUGUAUUACAUCAUCCGACAACGAUAAGUUCUUGUUACCAAGCAAUGGUACAUUGUGGAAGCAUAAGGCAAACAGCAUCCAUAAUUUCUAUGUCGCAAGAUUGCUUAAGAACAGGAGACAAAGCUUUAGUACGUUUUAGAUUUAUAAAGCAUCCCGAAUAUAUAAAACCAGGACAAAGAAUAGUAUUCAGAGAAGGGCGUACUAAAGCAGUGGGCAAUGUAGUGAAACUUAUUCCAUAUUCUAGUACCACAGUCAUACAAACGUGUAGAGCCAAUAAACCAAAUAAAACAUCUCAAAAUCGACAGAGCUCAUCAUCUACCAUGCAAUCAUUAGAUACAACCGAAACGAAUUCUUCGUUAGAGGGACAGACAUCAAAGCAAGAAAAUUUGCUUCAAAAAUCUAAUAAACGACCAAAUAAAAAAGGUAGAGGACGAAAAGGAGGACGAUCUCAUAAUACUGUAAAUAGUAUUAUUCAACCACUGUCAGAACAAAAUCCCCCAACAAAACUGUGAACUGUGUUUAUGUACAAAGCACUUAAACAUGUAUAUAUAUAUAUAUAUGUGUGUAUAUAUGUGUGUGUGUAUAUAUAUAUAUAUACACACAUACAUAGAGCUUAUUUUGCAACUUUCGAAAAUUAAUAACAAACAUCUUUUUAUUCAUAAGAGAUCGUUGUUUUUUUAGUAAUGUAAAUUCAAACGAAAUUUACAGAUAUUUUUUAGUUAAUUUUCGAGAACUGUAAAGAGAGUAUACCGUUUAUAUAUAAAACAUAUUAUUUUAUAUAUGAACAUAUAUUAUUUUAGUGGUUAUUUAUAUUAAAGCAUAUAUAAAAUUAUAGCGUAUCAUAAUGACAACUUUAUCUAGUUUUGGUGUUACUUGUAUUCUUAAGGAUCGUGAUUUUCACCUUGAAGUGUAAAAGUAACCCCUGAACUGUUUCAUAUAACGCACAUCGUGCUCUCAACCCUAUUAGAGUACAAAUUGUCUUUCACAUUUUGACUAAAUUAUCAAAAAUAUAGGAAUGUCGUUUUCAGAACGAUAAAAUGAUGAUAAAAUAUACGUUGUUAUUCAUAAAGUGUUUUAUUUUUAUAAACGCAAGUGUAUCUUAAAAUAAUAUUAAGUAAAUAUAAUCUAUAUAUAAAAGAUACGUGUGUGCGUGUGUGUGUGUGUGUGUGUGUAUAUAUAUAUAUAUAUUUUUUUUUUUUUUUUUUUUUUUUUUUUUGCUACUAUCGAGCACCUAUAUCGUAAUUGUUAAUGCCUCUUUCAAAUUUUAACAAAAGUAUAUUCAGAUGUUCUUUCUUUGUAUGAUAAUAUUUGUGCUUAUUAAGAUAAAAUUUCGAAAAAAUUAUUAAUUUUUCGAAUAUUGCAUUGUUGUACUCUUAUAAACGAUGUACUGGAAAUAUCUAUUGUAAUAUAUUUGCUGUAGUUGUAAUAUAAAAUUCAUUUUUAUGCAUGUGAAAGAAAGAUUCUUACAGAAAAGAUAUAAAAUAACAUUACAUAUGCGGCAUAUGAAAUUUUAUUGUAUAAAAUUUUUAUAUUAGAUACAGUGUAGCACAUCCAAGAAAGAUCUUUUUAACAGAAAGAAAAUGUAAACUAAUGAUAAUGAACAAGUGUUGGUUAAAAAAUGAAAACAUUGAAUGAGAAUAUGUAGAUACUUAUGAAUUAGUGAUAUAAAAGGGAGUUUAAGAUGAUAAAAGAAAUAUUAACAAUAUCACAUUUAACAAUAACAAAAUGGAUAGAAAGGGAACAGAAGAAAAAUAUAACAUGUAUAAUUACAAAAUUAUUAAUCAGUUAAUAAUAACUAAUACAAAUCAUAUUGUAGAUGUACAAGUAAAAAUUAUCAUGGAACAUGAUAUAUGUAUGUGUAAUUUCCAUUUUCGUUUAUUGUACUGUGGAAAAAAGAAAUAACAAAAACAUAGGAGUAAGAUUCGAAUUUGUUUUUAUACUAAAUGGAAUAAUAAAUUUAAAAGAUUAAAUGUUCAUAUUUUUUAUUACCUUACUAUAAGGCAAUUGUUACAAAUGUAAUUGUUUGUAACUGAAUCAAGUCUAGAAUAAUAAACUAUAGCUAUAUAUAUCAUUUUUACAAAGUCUAAUAUAUCAUCCUUCAUCUCCUGAUUUUUGCCACUAUAACUUAAAUAUAUAUACAAGGACUACUUUGGUGGAUUUUUCUUCAUUUCAUCUUUAGCUUCUUGCAACUUUUGUCUAAAUGUAUUUGUAAACAGUCUUAAUUGCCUAACAAAUU